UUAGCAUAGUCUUCCCUUUUACCUACGAUUUUUUCUCUACGCGAUUUUCUGUAUUCUUUUCGUUGGUUUCGAGUGCUAAUCAAAACCCUAACUGAGUUCGAUUGCAACACCUCCUCACUUCUUCAAAUCCACCUGCGCCGCCGAAGAAUGGCAGCCAAACCCCUUACGACUGAGGCAAUUGCGCUUACAGAAAAGAAGAUGGACAUGACACUAGAUGACAUAAUCAAAAUGUCUAAGAAUACGAAGAAUAGGAAGCAAAGACGGGUUCCUAACAAAAGUCAAAAGUUUUCGAACAAUUUUACUCAAGACAAGUCUUCAAAGGUCCUGCGUUAUAUGGAAUCAAGAUCUUCUCUUAGACAGGGGGCUCUUGCAAAAAGAAGGACUAAUUUCCGUGGAAACCAAUUUCCAGUUGCAGUUGAAGUUGCGCGAAAAGCUGUUACGGCUCCUCUGCGCAAUAGAGUUCCUAAUCGUAAUAGGGUCGCUAACUGGAACAAAGCAAGAUUUCGAGUUCCUGUGGGUCAGAGAAGGACUGCUAACGGAGGCUUUGUUGCAAAGCAACAACCGGUUCGCUCCCCUCAGAAGCAGCCGGAGAAUGUAGAUAUAAUGACAAAGCAGAAGCCUCAGACGUUGGAUUCACUGUUUGCAAACAUGAAGGAGCAAAGAAUGAAAGUUUUGUCAAUGCAGAAUAAUGCAGUGCAGCGCAAUGGAGGUGGAAAUAGGAGGCUCCCUUGGGGAAGAGGUCGAUUUGGCAACUAAGAUGUCUUGGCCUGCGGUGCCCUCACACCGUUGUGAAAAUUUUCUUGGAUGCAAGUGAAAAUUUUCCCUUGUGCAGAAGAAAACUUUAGAUUUCCGUUGGAAUAUCUUUUCUGUUUUCAUUUGUAUGCGCACUUGAUCAUUUGCUCGUCCAUUGUAUAUUAGUUUUUUCCGUUGCUUAAUGAUUAACUGUUCUGUCAUUUGAGUGCCUAUUGAGCCCGUAGCAGAUUAUCUGUAUUAUUAUGCUAUGGUAUGGUUUUUCUUCAUUAAUGUUCAA